AUGCCCGUCCCGCCCAGCCAGCGCCUGGAAUGGACUGAGUCUAUGAACCCGCUCCGGAUCAGCGUCGGUGGCCUUCCCGUCCUAGCUUCCAUGACUAAGGCUGCUGACCCCCGCUUCCGACUGCGCUGGAAGGCCAUCCUGGUGUCCUCACUCAGCGUCGCCUUGGUGCUGCUCCUGCUGUGCUUUCACCGCUCAGCCACGGGGAGGCCAGCCCCGGCCAACACCCACAACUGGCGGCUCAGCCCGCUGCCCGGGGACAGGUACAAUGACACCUACCCGCUGUCCCCGCCCCAGAGGAACUCGGAAGGGGUGCGCUACCGGAUCGGGGUCAUUGCCGACCUGGACACCGGCUCCAAGGGCCCACGGGAGCACACCUGGUUCAGUUACCUGAAGAAGGGCUACCUGACCCUGUCGGCCAGCGGGGACAGAGUGACGGUGGAGUGGGACCGGGCCGACAGCCUGCUGGAGUCGCAUCUGGCCGAAAAGGGGAGAGGCAUGGAGCUCUCGGAGCUGGUCGUCUUCAACGGGAAGCUGUAUGCAGUGGACGACCGGACGGGAGUGGUCUACCUGAUCGAGGGCACCACGGUGGUGCCCUGGGUGAUCCUAUCAGAUGGGGAUGGCACCGUGGGCAAAGGCUUUAAAGCAGAGUGGCUGGCAGUGAAGGAUGAACACUUGUACGUGGGUGGCCUGGGGAAGGAGUGGACCACGGCCACCGGGGAGGUGAUGAAUGAGAACCCCGAGUGGGUGAAGGUGGUCGGCUCCAAGGGGGACGUGGGCCAUGAGAACUGGGUGUCUAACUACAACGCCCUGAGGGCAGCGGCUGGCAUCAGACCCCCAGGUUACCUCAUCCACGAGUCGGCCGCCUGGAGCGAGACGCUGCAGCGCUGGUUCUUCCUGCCGCGCCGGGCUAGCCAGGAGCGCUACGACGAGAAGGCCGACGAGCACCGGGGCACCAACCUGCUGCUGCGGGCCACGCAGGACUUCGGCGACAUCGCCAUCAGCCAUGUGGGGGCCGCGGUCCCGACCCACGGCUUCUCCUCCUUCAAAUUCAUCCCCGACACUGACGACCAGCUCAUCGUGGCCCUGAAAUCGGAGGAGGACGAUGGCAAGAUCGCCACCUACAUCAUGGCCUUCACGCUGGACGGGCGCUUCCUGCUGCCGGAGACCAGGAUCGGGGCCAUGAAAUACGAAGGGAUUGAGUUUAUUUAACAGGGACUCUGUCCUGGUGGGGACGCCCCGGGGUCAGGCGCGCGGGGCUUUGCCUGAACAUAGUCGCCGUGGGGGGCGCGCCGCUCCUGAGCUGGCCUGGAUCCCUGUGGGAGGUGGCUCCGGGGCUGGGUCCCAGGCUUCUGCAGUUACCAUGUUGGUGAGUUGCUGCAGCACACGUGGCUUGAAUGUCUGGGCCCCGGCACCUGGUGGUGAAAGGCCAUCACUGCAAGCUUCCACUGGUCCUCUGCAGGGCUGCAAGCCCUUGUCCUGCAUCCCAGGGCCCUUCCCAGGCUGCCCCGCAGAGUGCUGGGUGCUGACAGGGGAGGUCUCCAGGGAGCUUAGCGAACUGUGAGGCAGCCGCUCGGAGGGCGUUUCCUUCCUGCCCAGCCAGGGCAGUGGAAUUGCUCAGCAUCUCUGAGACUGGCCCAUGAUUUCCCCUCCCACAGGCAGGGCCCUGCACCGCAGCCUGGUGCUCCCGCUGCUACGUUACCCUGGAGUUUCCCCGCAGCACAAAGGGCCUUUGCGGUGCACAGCAGAGUGGGAGCAGCUCGUGCCAACAGGGCCGUGCCCAGUAGGCUGGUGUGUAGCAACCAGCCCCCGGACGCUGCUCUUCUGCCUGUGGAGCAGCUGGGGCAGAUGUGCAGGGCCUGGCUGGGUCGGAAGGGAGCCAUGCUACAGCCCGGGCCGUUUAACCGAUUAAAUUAACCAAAGUGAAACGCCCCCGAACUCCGUGUGAGGGUUUCACUCUGCUCUGUGCCACGGGGCCUCCUGCUGAGAACCGCCAUGCUAGAGAAGUGGGGAUCCCAGCCGGGGCGUCCAAUUCCCUCCCUUACAGCCAGUGGCCAGGCGUCCCCUCUGAAUCCGCCUGCCCAGCCCGGCCCUUGUUCCCGGCUUACCUGGCAUCUCCCUCCCCGCUGGCUGGGGCAGGCGCCGAGCUCGGCAGGUUAGGGCUCCGACUUGCAGCUCUCUGGGGAUGGGAGCAGGCCAGCGCCUGACCCUGCGCUGAGCCCUGAGGGCCCUGCCCUGGCCUGCUGCCACUCUCAGCUCCCUGCUCCUUUGCCCUGGGAAGGGGCCAGGACAGUGGCCUGGCCCUCCUGACACAAGCUGCUUCCCCCCCAUGCCUCCCUCUGGCCCAAGGGGCUGUCCCUAGGUACUCCGGCCUUGCGGGGCCUGUGGAAAGGCCCUUUUCUCUUCAGAGUGCUCUGGGGUCCUGGCCUCUGUUGUGCCCCUGGGGAGGGCCCAGCCCCACUCUCUGGCUGGGGAGGGGAAUGGCUAAGUGACUUUGAAUGGAGCCUUGUCCCUGCAUCUGCCCCACAGGCCAGGAGUCCCUCUGCCCUGGCCCCUCACCAAGGCCCGCCUGCCUGCGCUGUACACAGAGAACAGGCCAAGUCAGGCAGGAAUCCACACAAGCUCUGGCCCAGGCCCCUGCCUGGUCCCUGCCCUGCUGGCUGACAGAUGCAGCAUUUGCACCUGGUUAGUGACUUUCCGGCCCCUCUGCUGUGACCUGGAUGUGGUGCUUGGCUGCUGUAUCCAUUCGAUAAACCAGACCAUUCUGGGGUGAGCGCGUCGCCCUCCAGCUCUGUGGGCAGGGCGUCCUCCAGCGCUGGGUAGGGGGGCAGUAAAACGGGACAAUCCCAACCAGCCAACAGUGCAGUGUGGCUCGGCCCCUGGAAAUGGCUGCAGUGCAGAAUGAGAUUGGCCUGUUCCUGAGUCCUCCCCUGUCCUGGUGAGGCUCUGGCUGUGUAGGAGCUGGGCAGAUGUUGCUUUAUGAAUCGGUGCGAGCAGUAUUGCUGAAAUGGGCUCGCUGGCACAUCUCCAGCAGGUCCGUUCUGUAGGCAGCCUUCCCCUGGCUGGAGCCCCGAUAUCCUGUCCUGUGGGCUAGGGCCUGGCGAGCCCCCUUCACACACUUCAGUGGUACAGUGCAGGGAAAGGGGAACCUGCCCUAUGCGUCUCUUUCAGACCAGCACACGCAGGGUCCCCACUGGCCCCAGGAGAGCGUCCCACACCCCUGUGAGCAGUCCCAGAGACUGGGGCAGGGUGGCACUCGGCCAGGAGACCUCGCAGAGCCCUUGGCUGCCUGGUGCAGAGCAGCAGCUGUGGGUCUCCGUCCUGGGGCUGGGAGAGCUCUGCUGCCCCUUCCCUUGUCUUGCCCCGUGCCCCCUGGGGGCGGGGGGGAGCGCCUGGCCUGUUCCUCUGGCAGAGACCGGCUCCCCUUUCCUGUGGCAGGCCGGGCUGACCUGACUCAGGCCUUGGCUCUGUGUUCCCUGGGGGGUGGGGCGCAGAGGCUCUCGGUCAGGGGUAGUCAAUUAUUUUUUGUCAAGGUCCAGACUUGAGAGAAACGUUUCACACCCCACUAGCACUAACAAUAACCAGGAAAUAAACAGAUUUUUGUGGUCC